AUGGAGAACCUAGAGGACCGAUUGCGCAGUCUCGAAGACCUCAUCAAAAGUUCCGUCGUUGCAAACGCCUCGCAGCCUCAACGUCAAGAGCAGCUGGAUGCAAUGACACCGUCCUCGCUGCCUUCUAGCACGUCAUCUACACAGCCAAUUCGAUCCAUGUCCGACUCGCUUCUGACGGAUACAGUCUCAAAUGGAAGCACCUCCGCUCCCAAUGCUCUGAUGCAGAGUCUUGGAUCGGACCAAUUGCAAAACCCCGUGACUAAUGAUCCACCAUCUGUCACCAGAAAAUAUCCCCAAGUGCCACCAGAGAUAUCUCAGUUAUGGAUUUCUAAUGGAACCACGCAGUUUGACAUGUCAGUGUCAGCGCCCAAUAUGAUCGACGUCGACCUUCGGCCUCAAGUGAAACUUAAUGGUGAUAAAAAGUGCUCUUUGCCACCGGUACACGGUGGACUGUUUCUGCUUCAAGAGUUCUUGGUGGAUUUCAACACCGCCAUUCCUCUCUUCGACGCCGCCGCCAUCAGCACGUUAUUUCAAGACUGUUACCAGGGCAGAGCAGAUGGUACGGUCAUCUCAUGGGUUGCACUGAAAGUUGUCCUAGGAAUUGCACAUCGCCUGCGUGCUAUGAGUCCAUUAGGGGUCGGUCAGGAUAUGGAAAAUGCCACAAUCUACCUAGAAGAAUCCCUGUCAGAAGUUCCUACGCUUCUCCAUCUGCGAUCUACUCCACUUCUUGCUCAAUGUCUCUUGGGAAUAGCCAUUAUCAUAUCAACAUCCUCGCACCCUCAACCAGCUGCCUUGUAUGUGUCGAUGGCAUUGCGGGUGGUCCAAGAUCUUCAUGUCAAUGAACCCCGGAGGUUUAAUCUGGUUCCUCCAGGAGAUACACUUCAACUGCAACGAGUCUUUUGGAUCGCAUAUUUCAUGGACUCAGACAUGACAUAUGACCCGUCAGAUAUAGCAGGUGAAAUUGCUGCUGCAAAUGGCGAGUUCCAAGUUAACACCUUCCGUCUGCGCGUGGAGCUAGCUUUGCUCCAAGCUGAAUUCAUGGAGCAAGUUCUGGCACCACUGACCCUUGGAAAGCCUGAAUACUCUGAUGACAUGCAGCUUCAGGCGUUGGCCGCCAAGUUGGGGGAUUGGCGACGAAAUUGGUUGUUUGAGCUGAACGUUGACAACCUGCACAACCAUUUACAUAGGUCCGACCUGGUGCACGUUAUAGCUCUUGAAUCGACCUAUUUCUCAACGGCAUUCGCCUUUCACGCUCAUCUUUCACCCACAAGCAAGGCACGGAGGAACCCGUUCGCAGCCGAUGGGCUGACGGAGGGAAUCUCCAAACGAAAGGCGCAGCUGUUACAUGGAGAUGCACGAAGGUUCAUCGAUUUCAUGAAAUUGAUCCCCGGCGAUAAUAUCGGAUACACCCGGUUGAAUCUGGAAACGAUUAUUUCCUCCCUGGCAGUCGUUCUUGCACACAUCAUUUUCGACGCCCGCGACGAAAGCGCCGAGCCCGACUUCGACGUGGCGAGAUUCGUGUUACAAGUUUUGCAUCGGUUGUGUAACCUUAGUACGGAUGACGGACUGGUCGCAGCCCAGAAUGCUUGUGUUGAUCUUUACUUGCGAGCGGAGCGAGAAGUACAAAAACGGGGUCACUUUCGCCGUUGA